CGAAAAGUCAUCUUUCUGUAUAUAUAUAUAUUCUUUUGAUGCACAACCCAUGAGUUCGGUCAAGCGUCGUUUGAUUUACAUCGCCGAUGAGGGCGAGAGUGCGUUGCAAGGCCUCAACGGUACCCCACCCACGCGACCAUCUAAACUUUCUUUUCUUCCGCCAAUUCCUUCGUCGUCCUCGGAGUCUAGCGUCAAGAACGAGACCGCGGCCUUUUCCAACAGCGCGCCGCAGAUCGAUCGAUCGAUUUUAAUCUCUUUCGACGGAUUUCUCCUUGCGGAUGGGUCUGGGAGGAUAUCCGAUCCCCGAAAUGAGGCAGAAGCCGCACAUAUUCUCGUGGCGCUGCGCAGCUGCUGUUCUUUUCUUCGCGAGUAUCUCCACCAAAGCACGAGCAGUGAUGAUUUUAUGGAGAAUUUAUCCUCCUUCUCGUUCUCUUCCGACCCAAGCAGCACCGAAGAGCUGAGCAGCGUAGACAGCGCGGACUCCUGGAGGAUAAAGACGAGGCCGGGAAGAAAACGAACACGACCGAAGACCAAAAAAGCACAACUCCCACGCAAACCUCAGAACCCCAAGGCGACUCCAAACGGCCGGGAGAAGGUCCAACCGCUUCCAAUUCAACCCGACGAUGCCGAGCCGCACGCCACACGCCAGGAAAACGAUCCUGUGCGGGAUCACAUGGUCCAACCCAGCAACCCAUCGGUUCUUUUCGAAAAUGAGGAAAACGGGGAAAGUGAGGAGGCGGCGGCGGACGAGCCUCUCUCGCAUCCUCCGGUACUGCCUCAAUUUGAAGCGGGGCCUUUGCUUAGCGAUCCCGCCGUAGAGAAUGGAAGAUCGAGUCGCGGCUUUUGGAGGGCGAUUACGAGCGUCGGUUCGCUGAUCUUCAAUCAGGCUCCGCGUUCUUCCACUGGUGAGCUGUCGGAAAGAAACGCCACCACGCAGCCUGUAAACUCAACUAAACGGCAUCAUAGUAUUUAGACAAUUUAGAUAGAAUGCGUUACAUUUUCUCUUUAUCUGUUGCGUUUUUUAUUCCAAAUCAUCUUAAUUCCUUAGUAUCAAUGUGUGGGUCUGGUACAUGAAGACUCUUUUUGAGAUUUGCUAAAAAGCAGUUUCUAAAGUUGACGAUUCCGAGCAUUCGUGGAGCUGGUGUGCAUCUAGACUUCUAUUGGCCCUUUGGUGAUGUUGCAUACCCUGUCUUGACUGCGUGGUAUGUAUAUAUAUAUUUAUUUAUAUACGAGUAAUCUAUUAAUUGUCUCUGUUUAUUCCUUUUUACAAGAAGUUGACAUGUGGUGUCAAGGCACUCAGCAUGUUGCGUCAGACUUUCCAUUUCUUUUCUAGUUUGAUCAACAUCCUGUUUCUCAAGACCUGAUUGAUAACCUUUGUCAAUUGACCUGGACAUCUUUCUAUGAAUUGCUCAACCUAGUGUAUAUCUAAUACUUAUGCGGUACCAAUAGGCUUAUAUCCGUGUAUAAAAAAAAUUCACAGUUUUAGUAUUCUUCCUGAAUUCAAUGAUGUUUGGACAUCUUGCGAGAACGGCGGUUCACCGAGUUCCUCCACCGCCAUGGCUGCGCUGGAGCUUUAGGCAACGCGUUGUGAACCCUUUUAGCAUCAGUGAUAGAGUCUUGAUUUAGGCAAAAUGCUCAUUACCAGCACGUAAAAAAAAAAAACA